AUGCUGGUAGUAGAUGUUGUAGAUAAGAGGAAUGGGACUUGGAAUCGACAGAAACUUGUUAGAGAGGUCCCUUUUGAGGUGGUGGAGGCUAUCCUAAAAAUCCCAUUGCCUUUGGUGGAUAGACAGGAUCAGCUGGUUUGGCACUACGAUAAAAAAGGAGUUUGCUCGGUUAAAUCAGGUUACCAGGUGGCUAUGCAGUCAAAUCUGAACCUAAGGAAUGAGAAAGCUGAAUCCUCCUUUAAACCAAAGGAGUGUAGUUGGGCACAAGCAGUUUGGUUUGCUUGCAGUAUUAAGGUGUAUGGAGAUUUGGGUGGUAAUGCUUCGGUCCUCAAAUGGGCAGCUGAUAUGGUGGACAAAAUGACUUUCUCUGAAGCUACAGAGUUUAUGGGUUUUGUGGCCCUCAUUGCCUGGUAUAUCUGGAAAAUGAGAAACAAUUUUGUAUUUCGUAACAUCAGAAUUGAUCCCAGGGACACUUUGGCGGCAAUUAAUCAUGCUCAUAUGGAAACUACAUUUAUUUUAGAGAUUCCAAAUGUCCACACGGACACCCCAUUAACCCAAGAGGAUAUCUCCACUUGGAGGGCUCCGGACAGAGGUCACUUUAAGGAAAUUGUGAUGUUGCCAUUCCCAAAGGAGGAGGGGAAAGUAAAUUAG